CUUAAAUUUAUGACAAGCAAAAGUAUACUCAACUCCAACUUUUGCGGCCUUGCUUUUUUUUAGUGGUUUUCAGUGCGAGUCAAGUAGAACCCUGUCAAGAUAUAUUUAAUUUGUGAUUGUUUUUUAUUUUUCAAAAUAACAUCUGCAGCACAAUAAUGGCACAAGUUGUUCCAGACCUAGUUUCUCUUCAAAAUCCGGUUUUCCGGUCAUAUUUAUUUUAUUGCAGUAUUUUAGUAAUUAAAAUGAUGGGUAUGGCUAUCUUAACCAGUGUACAAAGGUACAAAAACAAGGCUUUUGUUAACCCAGAAGAUGUGAAGAGCCUUAAAAUCAAACCCAAAACAGAUGAGAAUGUGGAAAGAGUCAGAAGGGCACAUUUAAAUGAUUUGGAGAAUAUACCAAUAUUUUUUGUCAGUGCCUUUUUGUACAUGAUGACUAGUCCAACAGAAUACAUGGCAAAAACUCUUUUCUUUGCAUUCACUGUAGCAAGAAUUGUUCACUCUAUUGUAUAUGCUGUUGUUAUCAUUCCACAACCAGCAAGAGGUCUCUCUUUUGGAAUAGGAUUCCUAAUUACUGGGUAUAUGGCUCUCACAACUUUGUUACAUGUUUUGUAAAGCAUUGAAACAUAUUCCAUAUAUGGUGCAGGUGCAAUCAAAAUAUACAUUGAAUUUAUACUUGUUUUGUGUUAUUAUUUGAGGACUAUCACCAGG